AUGACGCAGCCGAGGAACAGCGUGUGAGGAGGGGGAGGGCGAGAGGAGCGAGGAGGAGAGAGGAGGAGAGAGGAGGAGAGAGGGUGUCCCGUCUGAGCCCAGCACACAGACAGACAGCAGGGAACAGCUGCAGCGUGAGGUGCGCCUAGGAUUUCACUGCAUUGCGAUUUAAAUAACGACAAUUUCACUCCCCAAUCCCCGAAUAGAGCACGCUCGACUAAACAACCAAAUAUCAACGCAAAAAUGGUUGAUCGCGAGCAGCUGGUUCAGAAAGCCAGGCUGGCGGAGCAGGCUGAGAGAUAUGAUGACAUGGCGGCUGCUAUGAAAUCGGUCACAGAGCUGAACGAGGCACUGUCCAAUGAGGAGAGGAAUCUGUUGUCUGUGGCGUACAAGAACGUAGUGGGUGCACGCCGCUCGUCCUGGAGGGUCAUCUCCAGCAUUGAGCAGAAGACUUCCACUGAUGGCAAUGAGAAGAAGAUCGAGAUGGUGCGUGCCUACAGAGAGAAGAUAGAGAAGGAACUGGAGGCCGUGUGCCAAGAUGUCCUCAACCUCUUGGACAACUUCCUGAUCAAGAACUGCAGUGAUACGCAGCACGAGAGCAAGGUGUUUUACCUGAAGAUGAAGGGCGACUACUACCGGUACCUAGCUGAGGUGGCCACAGGUGAGAAGAGGGCUACGGUGGUGGAGUCCUCGGAGAAGGCCUAUAACGAAGCUCAUGAGAUCAGCAAAGAGCACAUGCAGCCCACCCACCCCAUCCGCCUGGGCCUGGCCCUCAACUACUCUGUGUUUUACUAUGAGAUCCAGAACGCGCCGGAGCAAGCCUGCCAUCUGGCCAAGACCGCAUUCGACGAUGCCAUCGCCGAGCUAGACACCCUUAAUGAGGACUCCUACAAAGACUCCACUCUGAUCAUGCAGCUGCUGCGAGACAACUUGACACUGUGGACAAGUGACCAGCAGGAUGACGAGGGCGGGGAGGGCAACAAUUAAAGAGAAGACACACUUCGAAAAAAUGUUGAAAGGCCGGUGGACUUUGGCAGCCGCUUUUGCCGAUGAUACUACCGCUGACGCAGUUCUUUAUUUUUCCAUGAGUUAAAAGAAAAGAAUCAAAAGAAAGGUGGGAGUGGAGGUUAAAUCUUAGUUUAAAUAUAUAUAGAAAUAUAUAUACAGUUGAAAGGGGCCUCCGUCUUCUUGAUUUUCUCUUUGACAUUUGCCAAACCACUGAUAUGUCAGUCAAUCAGUCUGAAGUGGUUGUUGUUGGAUUGAAAUGGCAGCCUCACACUGGCAUAGGAACUGAUCUUGAUCUAUCAAGAUAAGCUGCUUAGUUAGGUUUUUUGCGCGAUAGAGAUGCAUUUGAGUCACUUGAGAGAGAAAAUGCUUGAAUGGGAAUGCCUCACAAAUAGUUUGCAUUGGUUCCAGUAGUAGUAAAGGGCCCCUAUGAAAGCCAUUUUUUCCACUCUAGCUACAAGGUAUACCUGUCCCUCCAAGUUUAAAAUUUAUUAACUAUAGUUUUUAAUUAUAUUAGGAAUUAGAACAAAUGUAUUCCCCUUUUUUCUGUCUGAAGUGUAUUUGGCAUCUCACAGAAUAGUCUUCAAUUGUCACUGGAACCAUACUGUUGGACGUGAAGAUUACUAAAGGCAGAGACUUAACAAUACAACAAAAAGACAAAAAAUAAUUAAAAAAGCAGCAUCAGAGUUUGUGGUUUACUUCUGUGUUUGUUUUAUUAAAUGCACUUGCCUACUAUACUGUUUCUUCAGUGUAAGAUGAUGACAAUAAUAUCGAUUAUUCAAUAUUGUGCAUGCUGGUGAUGUAUUUAUAUACAGUAGCUUGACUUUAUUAACUUAUACUGUGGGUGUUAAGUAUUCAUAUGAUUGAAAAACAGGCUUUGUCUAAUGUUUAUUUCUAAUUUAUUUUGUUUUGCUAUUGUUUUGAUUUGCUAUACCAAAAUGGUGAUCGUAUAAAUUGACCUGUAAUGGGCGUUGCUAUAGUGACAUGCAAUAUGUGUUUUUAAUUUGUUGAAAGAAAAAAGGAAGAUAAAAUCCACCAGUGAUCACUUAACCUUAGCUGCUGGUGUUUGUCACAUUAAAGUAUGAUUCUGAUAUAUUUUGUUUGAACAGUAUUUAAGUACUUUUUUGUCAUGCUAUUAUCCAGUUUGAAUAAUGGUGACGUUUCCAGCCUCAAUGUUUCUGUUAUGAAUUCACAACAUGGACCAUAUAUUUUAUUUCUAACAGUAUACAUUUUUUGUUUUUAUACCUUUUAGCUGUUCCUGAGUGACAAAAUAUCUUGAAUGUGAGUCAUUAUGUAGCAGUUGCACAAGAAUCAAAAUAAUAGCUAUGAUAAUAAAAAAUAUAAUGACAAAAUUA